AUGUGGCUCGAGAUUCUCCCUGGACUCGCCGCCAUGAGCAUGGGCUCGCUCAUCCCAGGAGUGGCCACUGCAUACACCCACAGGUUCACUAACGAAGGCAAGGAAAACAGGGUUGCCCAUCAUCCGUAUCAGUCAAGUUUGAUGGAAAGAGAUAGGCACAUCUCUGGAGUUAAUCGUUACUAUCUGUCAAAGGGUUUGCAGAACAUCAAUUAA